AUGAAGAAAACGCAGGUGGCAUCCAAAGCACCCACAACACCCAAAGCAUCUGCUGCACCCGCUGCACCCGCUGCACCCGGUUCACCCAGGAAACCCAGUGCACCCAGUAAACCAAGUAAACCAAGUGCACCCAAUGAACCCAGUGAACCCAGUGAACCCAGUGAACUCAGUACACCCAUUGCACCCAUUGCAGCAACUAGUCAUGAGGUGAGCUUGAAGAAUCUGUAGAAUCCACUGAGUUUAUAAAAACUGAAAACCCAUGUUGUAAUGUAAUUGUUUCCCAAGGUUCAGACAGGGAUGUAAACCAGUUGUACGAUAUAGCAUGCAGUACUUUGGGUGACAUUCAGACUUCCGGAGCAAUCCAAACCCAAGCAGAGUAGCAGUAGGGCAAGAUGAAGCUGCCUAGUUCCUCCAUCAUUGCUGGCUGGAUCAGAAGGCUGGGGGAAGGAAAAAGCCUGCUCUGUAUUACCCCACCCUGGAAAUAACCUGGCAUUUGGGCAUAGAUCAGGCCAGAUGCCAUCAAGCAACAACAGUAGGGCCAGCAUGGGAUUCAGUGGAUGCUGAACUAUCUCAUCCCCUUCUCACCUACACUCAGCAAGGAUCCCACCAAUUUUGCUUCCACCUGACCACAGUGAAUGGAACAGAAAGCUGUGCAGCAGCAGGGCGAGGCUUGCAGAGAGCCAUUCUGGGGUGUGGGGGUGGAGGGAGAUGUGAGCUCCAUCUGUUUCUCCACCAUGGAGGACCUUGCAAGGUUGCGUUGUAGCCUUCCUCAUGCUUAGAGUAAUCCGAUGGGUAGACUGCAAGUAUAACCAAACCUGGAUUCAAUUUACUAUAUUUAAAAGUUUAUGACCAUCUGCAAAUAUCAAGGAUGGACAGCAGAUCAUAUGCCUCAAUGAAACAUAAUUGGUGCUAUAUCAUUAACACCCCGAAUUAGCCAGUUCUUUCCUAUAAAGGUCCGGUGGAGUACCAUAUACACAAAAUGUCUUUUUUUGAUUGUUUUGUUUAAUAAGGACCUUGUCAGGGAAAUGCCCUUCCCAGAGAGAGUCCCCUUUCAGGCAGCAAGUGAAUAUCUCUGUAUUCUUCCGGGCUCUUAAAUUUAUAAUAAAACAAGCCUCUCUAUUUGAACUACAGUCAAUUCCCUAUACUGGUUUUAGGGUGCAGUUAAGUUGACUUUAUGUUGUUGGGUUUGCUCUGACUUUUGGAUGCUUUUACCUUGCAUUUGUGCUGUUUACCACUGGUAUUAGGUAAGCACUUUUUACCUUAAAAGUAAAGGUAAAGGUACCCCUGACCAUUAAGUCCAGUCACAGAUGACUCUGGGGUUGUGGUACUCAUCUCGCUUUACUGGCCGAGGGAGCCGGCAUUUGUCCACAGACAGUUUUUCCGGGUCAUGUGACCAGCAUGACUAAGCCGCUUCUGGGGAAACCAGAGCAGCGCAUGGAAACGCUGUUUACCUUCCUGCCAGAGCGGUGCCUAUUUAUCUACUUGCACUUGGAUGUGCUUUCGAACUGCUAGGUUGGCAGGAGCUGGGACCAAACAACGGGAGUUCACCCAAUCACAGGGAUUCGAGCCGCCAAUCUUCUAAUCGGCAAGCCCUAGGCUCUGAGGUUUAGACCACAGCACCAUGCGUGUCCCUUACCAUAUAUAUACCACUGGUAUAUUCCUUUGUUUUUAACUUGGUUGUAUUAUGGAUUUUAAUAUGGUGGUCAGCUGUUCAAAGGCCCGAGUUAAUGGCUGGUAUGCUGAUAAUAAGAACCUGCUGGAUCAGGCCAGUGGCCUACCUGGGCCAGCUUCCCGUUCUCACUGAACCAACCAGAUUCCAAUGAGAAGCCCCCAAGCAAGACCUAAGCACAACACUCUCCCCUCCUAUGGUUUCCAGAAACUGGUAUUCUCUGACUCCAAAAGUGUAGAGCCAUUGUGGCGUGAUGUUGGGGAAGCAGCCUAGGAGAGGAGGGUUCAAAUCCACAUUCUGCCUUGACCUAGGGCCAGCCACCAUCUCUUAGGCCAACCUACCUCACAGGGUUGUCGUGAGGAUUUAAUGAAGAGGAGAACUAUGCAGCACCACUUUAAGAUCCUUGGGAGAUAAAGGUGGUCUAUAAAUGUACUAAACACAAAUAAAUAAAUAAAAUAAAAUAGUAGAUAAUAACCAUCAUGACUAGCAGGAGAUGGUGUGGCAAUGAUGAUUAUAUUCAGCUGGAGUAGCCAAAGUAUGCAAAUGUUGCCAAUAUAAAAUAAUGUCUUAAUGUUUCACUCUAUCUUUCAGUCUACAAACGUUUUAGUGAUAACUGUAGUUAAUCAAGAGUUAUUUAAUAUAAGUAUUCUGCCCUGUACAUUCUCAUUAUGUUUCUUCUUCUUCUUCUUCUUCUUCUUCUUCUUCUUCUUCUUCUUCUUCUUCUUCUUCUUCUUCUUCUUCUUCUUCCUGCAGGAUGUCCCAAUGAGGCUUAUUUGGAUUUCAAUGGCUGCCUGCUUAAUUACUGUACAAUAUGGAUACAACAUGUGGUUACUCUACACCCCUUUUGUGGUAAGAUAGCCCUGCGUAGCACGUGGUUUCUUAAAGCAGGGGUUAUUGUAGGCCUGGGAAACCUUUUCUCUGUUGAGCACCACAUUCCUUCUGGGAUAAAUUGAUGGGGAUGAUAGGCUGGCACUGGUGUAGCCAGAUCCCAAACUAGGUAGGACACUGCUGCAAAUCUCUCUCUCUCUCUCUCUCUCUCUCUCUCUCUCUCUCUCUCUCACACACACACACACACACAGAGAGAGAGAGAGAGAGAGACUCGUAGCAAUUUCCUUCUUAAGUUUAUCAAAAAGAAAGGAGAGAGGAUAUAGUCAAUUUCCUAAUGCAUCCUGCUUUAGAAGCCAGUAUAUGACAAGUUACUGCUGAGUAAACAAAUGUAGAGUGCUCCUUGCUCUUUUGAGUCUAGAUAUUUUAAAAGUGUGGACAAAACUUUUGUGACAUACAAUAUGGUGUGGCAGGUAAGUCCCACCCCACAUAAUUAAUCACAAGAUGCAGUGCACACACACUGUUUGAAUGGCAAUGCCUAUUAACUUGGGGAGGGGGUUCUGACCCCCUUAAAUAGUCUAUGGGAGGAGGGAAAGGGACCUCAGCCCCGAGGAGUUGGCCCCUAUGCCUCCUAGCUCUCAAUGUGAGUGGGAGAGACAUGCACACACUUUCUCUGGGCAUCCCAGAAUUGCCUGCAGAUCCUUGGCCAUCAUUCAGUUGGUCCCAGGCUCUCACGUUCUGUUGCCACAUGAUCUCAUGCCACAUGAGCAGUCCUAAUCUCAAGCAUUUAUUGUGCUUCUCCCUUAGCUCCUGCAUGACUUGUUCAACAUAACAACCUAUGAAGAGAUGGAAGAUCCAGGUUCUCAGAUGUACAUUGUGGCUAUCACCCUUGCUUUAUUUCCACUUGGAGCCAUUUUUGGGUCCAUUCCUGUUGGUUAUCUGGCCAAUAGAUUUGGCAGGUAUUGGGAUAAAUUUGUAACUGGUGAAUGACAUGCCCUAGGAUGGUGGGGAAGGGGAACAGAUAGGUGCUACUGAUCUGCAUGCCCCCAGUAACAGCUAAUCAAAUAUGCAAUAUCAUCACUUUAGCUGGAUGGGAUGUUAGGAAAGGACAAAGACACAUCAAGAAGGGGUGUGUGGCAGGGAGAGACACAGUGAGAUCCAUUUAGGUCCAUGGAAUCAUACCUGAAAACCUUUGUCAGCUGAUAAAGCUUUGUUUGAAAGUAGUCAGAACAUGCCUACCAAUUGCAAGAUAAUCCCACCAAUGCGGUUUUGAUCAAUUUGGUUCUUAAGACAUCAUCUAACAUACACCAGCAGAUUUUCUAAUAUACAGCUGUGGAAGAAGCCAGAAGUUAGUGGUAGAACACAUGUUUACAUCCAGAAGAUCCUAUCUUCUGUCAUCAGCACCCCUCGAUUAAGAGAUCUUAUAUAGUAUGGCAGCAGGUUGCUAGCUCUGGUAGAAAUGUGUGAGCAAUGCCUCCUGAAAUUUAUUAAGGUAAAGAAAGCGUGUGAGUAAUUUCACAGUGCUUGGGAGUAGAGGUUUCAAGGCCUUCUGUAGGUCUUUGUUUCCGCACAUUACUAGCAAACCCAAGCUCCAACUACUGCACAAUCACACAAUUGCGCUCAUUUCACAUGCUAGCAAGGUUAUGCUUAAAAUUCUACAAGGCAGGCUUAAGCAGUAUGUGGACCGAGAACUCCCAGAAGUGCAAGCUGGAUUUCACAGGGGUAGAGGAACCAGAGACCAAACUGCAAACAUGCGCUGGAUUAUGGAGAUAGAUAGAGAGUUCCAGAAAGACAUCUACUUCUACUUCAUUGACUAUGCAAAAGCCUUUGACUGUGUCGACCACAGCAAACUAUGGCAAGUUCUUAAAGAAAUGGGAGUGCCUGAUCACCUCAUCUGUCUCCUGAGAAAUCUCUGUGUGGGACAAGAAGCUACAGUUAGAACGGGAUAUGAAAAAACUGAUUGGCUUAAAAUUGGGAAAGGAGUAAGACAAGGCUGUAUAUUGUCUCCCUGUUUAUUUAACUUAUAUGCAGAAUUCAUCAUGUGGAAGGCUGGGCUGGAUGAAUCCCAAUUAAGAUUGUUGGAAGAAAUAUCAACAACCUCAGAUAUGCAGAUGACACAACUUCGAUGGCAGAAAGUGAGGAGGAAUUAAAGAACCUCCUAAUGAGGUUGAAAGAGUAAAGCACAAAAUAUGGUCUGAAGCUCAACAUUAAAAAAACUAAGAUAAUUUGGUCCCAUCAACUUCUGGCAAAUAGAAGGGGAAGAAAUGGAGACAGUGAGAGAUUUUACUUUCUUGGGCUCUGAUGACUGCAGAUGGUGACAGCAGUCACAAAAUUAAAAGACACCUGCUUUUGGGGAGAAAAGCAAUGAUAAACCUAGACAGCAUCUUAAAAGGCAGAGACAUCACCUUGCCAACCAAGGUCCGUAUAAUUAAAGCCAUGGUUUUCCCAGUAGUGAUGUAUGGAAGUGAGAGCUGGACCAUAAAGAAGGCUGAUCGCCGAAGAAUUGAUGCUUUUAAAUUAUGGUGUUGGGGGAGACUCUUGAGAGUCCCAUGGACUGCAAGAAGAUCAAACCUAUCCAUUCUGAAGGAAAUCAGCCCUGAGGGCUCACUGGAAGGACAGAUCCUGAAGCUGAGGCUCCAAUACUUUGGCCACCUCAUGAGAAGAGAAGACUCCUUGGAAAAGACCCUGAUGUUGGGAAAGAUGGAGGGCACAAGGAGAAGGGGACGACAGAGGAUGAGAUGGCUGGACAGUGUUCUCGAAGCGGGAGGCAGUGGAAGACAGGAGUGCCUGGCGUGCUUUGGUCCAUGGGGUCACAAAGAGUGGGACAUGACUAAACAACACUAGCAAACCCAGAACAAAUUAUCUAUAAAAGGAUUAGGAGAUUCCUAUAUUUCUAUACCUCCUCUCCCCCCUUUGCUGCUUUGAUGGUAUCAUAUACUGACAUCUUCCCACCUCACUGACCCCUUUCACUGUCUUUUCAGGAAAGGUGCUGUGAAGAUAACAACCUUUUUGAGUCUGAUCCCUCCUGUCCUAUUGGCUGUUGGUAAUAAAGUAAAUGUCUAUGAAUUCACAAUUGCUGUACGUUUCUACACUGGGAUAUGCACAGGUGAGUCAAGGCCCCAGGUUUAGUAGUUUGGCAUAGAAUUCAUCUUUUUACUCUGUGCUGAGCAGAGACACUAAGCAAUAGUUUGUUUUCACAACAGAGGGAGGGUGGGCUGCCAAAGAACCAAGUAAAGCAGUAUCAGUGUGCCUCAUUUCCACACACAUCUCCCUAAUUGACUUUGGAAACCAGUGUUGUGGCUCAGAGAGGUCACCAAGAUGGAGUAACUGGAAGAGGUGGCAUUGAAACUCUAUAGGACUGUGAGUUGGUAAAUGGAUUUUUGUGAAAUAUGAAAAGAGGAAUCGCUGCGCAGAAUUAUUAUUAUUUAAAUAUAAAGUAUGUUUUAUCCCAAGGCCUUGGGUUAAUUAGCAUACUAAUUAUUGUACCAAAGAACAUACCACCAUGGGUGUUGUUUGACCAUAGUUCCAAUCUGUCCCAGCCAAUAGCUAUUCCAUGACUAAUAGUUAGAGAUUACAUGAAUUGUAGUCCACUACCAUCAGAUCCUGAAGCUGAGACUCCAAUACUUUGGCCUCCUCAUGAGCAGAGAAGACUCCCUGGAAAAGACCCUGAUGUUGGGAAAGAUGGAGGGCACAAGGAGAAGGGGACGACAGAGGACGAGAUGGCUGGAUAGUGUUCUUGAGUUUGACCAAACUGCGGGAGGCAGUGGAAGACAGGAGUGCCUGGCGUGCUCUGGUCCAUGGGGUCACGAAGAGUCGGACACAAUUAAACGACUAAACAACAACAAACCAUCAGUUUGGCUAGUAUUACCAACAGUAUUACCGUAGGUUGAAUUAAAUGAUUUAAUGUCAUUUCUCAUAGAUAUACGGGCUCUGGGGAGGUUCCAACAAAAGAACAUUCGCAAGUUGAGAGGCAGCUACUGAGAACACGUGUCCGUACUCCCUUAUGGGGGCUGGUUUGGUUCAGAGCUACAACUGGGUGGUGUUACCAUAUCUAUGGUGUUGAUGUCAUGCCUCCAUAUAGUUCCACUCAGCGGUUGGUGACAUUUUGCAGAAUUCUACAAAAGAACACAUUGGAGAAAUGAGAUAUUACUUGCACAUCCUACUGGAGCCUCAGGAAUGUUCAUACAUUUUUGUACAUGUCGCAUGCUCAAUGUGAUUUAUCUGUUUAUUUAUCAACUAAAUAGGACUAAUCUCCGUUGUUGUUCCUCUGUAUCUUGGAGAGAUCGCCCCUGGAAGCGUGAGGGGAGCUAUCAUCAUGAUGUCCCAGCUAUUUUAUUCUUUGGGCCUCUUUAUAGGUCAGCUAAUUGUUGCUAAAGACAACUUUAAAAUGCGAGGAGGUAAUUAAGAUAAAUUAAUCCUUUUGCUUAUACGAGAUCAGACGCAUGGCCACAGUUUCUCCACGUUGUCGUCACUCUAUCUUCUUGCACAGGUUACGUGAUUGUGAUGGGCAUUUCUGGGGUCAUGCCAAUUUUUCAGAUCAUACUACUACCCUUCUUUCCUGAAAGUCCGAGGUAUCUGCUCAUUCAGAGGAAGAAUGCAGAGAGUGCAAGGGAAGGUACGAUACUCUGAACUGUAUUGAGAUUAUGCACAAUGAUUGCUGACUCCUCCCCACUACUGCCUAUUGGGUUGCCCCACUCUCCAAGUUUUAAUUUCAUUUUUAUGUGACUUCCAUUUUCUGGAAAAAAAAGUCCUUUUUUGCUUUGAAUAGCUUCCUUAACUCCGUUCAUGCACCACAGUGGCAUCCCCUUGGCCCUGUUAGAUAUUAUUACCAAUCAGAGUUGUAUAUUCUAGCUGAACAUUUAUGCUGACCAUUUUAAAUAACUUCCGGAUAUUCUAAAUUGAUUUGACCCUCUGGACUUCCCCUUUCCCGCUUCCUUCUUAACAAUACCCUCAUUCUUCUGAGACUCUUAUUCUACUGAAUUCAAAUCCUUUCUGCCUCUGUUCCCACACAGUACUGAAGGUGCUGAGAGGCAAGGAUGAUGUGGAGAAUGAAAUAGACGAACUCCGUCAGGAGGACCUCUUUGAGAAAGCAGAAAAGAACAUGACUGCUGCUAAACUGCUAUCAUCCCCAAACCUGAGAACGCAGGUCAUCACCAUAGUUGUCUUGACAGGUGGUGCACAGCUUGACGGCAUUGGUGCAGUAAGUAAGGCAAUGCCCCCCUUUAAAAAAAAGCUUGGAGGUGGAGCCAGAUAAUUGAGGGCUCAUUGGGUUUAAAGGCUGCGGCAUCUUAUCACUGCUUGUCUUUAGACACAGCCAAAGUAUAUCUAUUCAGGGAGCUACUCUGCGGGUUUUGUUGGGAGUUCAGUGCCCAUCAGUCAUAGCUAGGAGCUGCUGUCCAAUAGUACCUGGAGAACCACAAGUUCUCCAUCCAUGCACAAGUUAUAGUCAGACACUACGGGAAAUAUGGCAUUGUCUGGGAGUAAAUGUUUGACAGCUACAGAACACUAAGAUCAGUUGGGCUUAAUUUGAAUCAUGCAGUGGAAAAGAUUGAUACUGAGCUUGGACUUGCCAAUCAGAAGGUUGGCGGUUCGAAUCCACACAACGGGGGUGAGCUCCCAUUGCUCGGUCCCAGCUCCUGUAAACCAAGCAGUUCCAGAGCAUGCCCCAAAGUGCAAGUAGAUUAAUAGGUACCAAUCCGGCGGGAAGGGAAACAGCAUUUCCGUGCUCUGCUCUGGUGUUGGUGUUUCCAUUGCGCCAGUAGCGGCUUAAUGAUGCUGACCACAUGACCCAGAAAAACUGUCUGCGGACAAACAUCGGCUCCCUCAGCCUGUAAAGCGAGAUGAGCGCCGGAACCCUAGAGUCGUCUGCGCCUCGACUUAACUGUCAGAAGUCCUUUACCUUUUUCUGAAAUGUUGAAUGCACUACAUUAUUUGUGUGCCAAGACCCCAUGACCUUGCAGUUCCUUAAGGGUGGUUAAUCAGACAAGACAACAGCUUAUGGUUUUAUGGGAUCAAAUAGGCCACAACUUUUAUCGGUUACAGAUGUGAGUGGUUUGGCAUAGGCAUUGGGUGAAGCCAAACUGUAUCAGAUUAUAUCACGCCAGCCUGCCUGCUGGGAGUGCACCUAAGGAGAAACCACCUAUGACCUACAUCAAAUAGGGGUACCCCCCAGGUUCCCCAUUUGAGAAGUGGUAUGACCCUAUUCCCUGUCUGGGCUUCAAACAGUAGCCACUCCCCCUGGAUCCCUUUAACAGGAUGCCUUUAACCAAUGAAGGGCAGGCAGAGGCUACAACUUCCACUCCAGCCAAGACCUAGGUUUACCCAAAGGUCUCCUUAGCAUUUACAGUUGGGGCUGAGAAACGGUUAAACCCUUAAAGGUAUCUACCAUUCAGUGUAAGCAGUUGCUGUUGUUGUUUAGUCGUUUAGUCGUGUCCGACUCUUCGUGAUCCCAUGGACCAGAGAACGCCAGGCACUCCUGUCUUUCACUGCCUCCCAAACUCAUGUUGGUAGCUUCGAGAACACUGUCCAACCAUCUCAUCCUCUGUUGUCCCCUUCUCCCUGUGUCCUCAAUCUUUCCCAACAUUGGGUCUUUUCCAGGGAGUCUUCUUUUCUCAUGAGGUGGCCAAAGUAUUGGAGCCUCAGCUUCAGGAUCUGUCCUUCCAGUGAGCACUCAGGGCUGAUUUCCUUCAGAAUGGAUAGGUUUGAUCUUCUUGCAGUCCAUGGGACUCUCAAGAGUCUCUUCCAGCACCAUAAUUCAAAAGCAUUGAUUCUUCGGCGACCAGCCUUCUUUAUGGUCCAGCUCUGUGCUAAAUAGACCAAGAGAUGUAUAUGACAAUUUUCUAUGAUUGGGAAUCAUGCAAAUUCUAUUUAUUUAUUUAUUAAAUUUCUUUACAGCUUUAUAUUUUUAAUAAAAACCUCAAAGCGGUGUACAGCAUAUUAAAUCAAUAAAACAAUAGCCGGACGAUGUUCUUCAGACCUCAUGAGGAGCCUCUUUUAUAGGGCUGGGUGAGUGUGGGCCUUGUCACCUAGGCCAAGUGGAAAGGGCCUUGCAGGGAAUGGCCUCCACACCUCACAGUCGGGCGAUGUUCCUCCAGCCUCAUGAGGAGCCUCUUCAGUGGAGCUGGUGAGUGUGGGCCUCGCCCCUAGGCCAGGUGGAAAGGGCCUUGCAGGGAGUGGCCCCCACACCUCACAGUCAGGCGAUGUUCCUCCGGCCUCAUAAGGAGCCUCUUUUAUAGGGCUGGCCAUCAAACCUCUGCUUAAAAACCUCCAAGGAUUCAUUCCAUUGUCAAACAGCUCUUACUCAGUUACUGGUGCCCACCCUGUGGAACGCUCUCCCAUUAGAUGUCAAGGAAAUAAACAACUAUCUGACUUGUAGAAGACAUCCGAUGGCACUCCUGUUUAGGAGGAUGUUUGAUGUUUUAUUCUGUUUUUAAUCUGUUGGGAGCCGCCCAGAGUGGCUGGGGAAACCCAGCCGGAUGAGCAGGAUAUAAAUAAUAAAUUGUUGUUGCUGUUAUUGUUGUCAGAAAGUUCUUCCUGAUAUUUACAGUAGUUGGAAUCUCCUUUCUUCUAACUAGAAGCCACUGAUUCGAGUCCUACCCCCCAGAGAAGGAGAAAAGAAGCUUGUUGCAUGUGACAGCCUUGGAGAUAUUUGAAGAUAGCUAUCAUAUCUUCUCUCAGUCUAAUCUUAUUCUGGCUAAACAUAUCCAACCCCUUCAACCAUUCACAAUAAGGCUUGGUUUCCACACCCUUGAUCAUCUUGGUCGCCCUCCCCUGCACACGUUCCAGCUUGUAAUAUCCUUAUUAAAUUGUGAUUCCCAAAACUUGACACAUUACUCCAGAGACUCAGCUAGAUUGGUAAAGAAAUAUCAUUUUGUAUGCAUUGUAUAUGCAUUAUAACACAGUGAGCCUAGAUGGCACUGUGGAGUUCCGUUUUUGCCAACAUGAUUUCUCAUAUAAUGUUCACCACGUGUUUUCCUGAAACACUUCUUUGAUGUGUCUGGAUCCAACCGAAGUGUGGUCUGACCAAGAUUAGACUACUGAUUAUUCUUUUCUGAUUUCAGGUGCACUAUUAUGUAGAUAUAAUCUGCAUGGCUGCAGGGGCAGAUGAGAAGAUGUUGCAGUGGCUUCGUAUGGUCACAAUUAUUAUUGGCUUAAUUUCACUCAUGAUCGCGGUAAGCCUUUUCCACUUCUAUGUCUCUUUCCUUCUGAAUCUUGAAACUCGCUGUUCUUCAAAAGAAAGAAAUUUAAGUGUCACAGUCUCCCCACCCCCACAACACAGCCCCAUGAAAAAUAAACAUUUUUUUAAUGAUAGCAUUAUGAGUGUUCUCUGACCAUUCUUUGUAAGAGAACCAUAGUUAUUUACACACAGUACCUGUAUUCUAGUUUGUAUUGGAAGUCAUCUAAAGGGGUAGAAAAAUCAGCUUGAACAUUUGUUUGAUUGUUUGUUUGUUUUUGCAUCAAAAAUAAUUAUAAGAUAAAAAGUAUCCAGACAAUUGAAUUUCAAAUCUAGACUAACUGUAAGGAGAAGCCCCUACUGCAGAAGAACCACAGUUGUCAAAAUUCCCUUUAAAAAGUCCAGUUAAAUUUAAAUUGUCUGUGGUAAAGAAAUACCCUAUAAGCUGCAAUUCUACACAACAGGGGAAACCAAUCUGUUGUUCUUCAGAUACUGCAACUUUUGAACAACUGAACCUUAUUACUUUACUUAUUUAUUACUGACUUACUGAACUUUCUCUACACCUUUUCCUCAUCCAGCUGGCUGGAGCUGAUGGGAGUCCUUAAGAUUUAGGGAGUACCAUGUUGGCUAAAUGUGCAAACUCAAAGGCACACCAUGCUUCAACAGCUGUUGUUUAUAUGUGGAUUCCUCCAUAAUGAAGGGUAUCUUCAUUCAGAUAUGACCGAGAACUAUCAUUCCUUUAGGGACACAUAUUUUUAGCAGAAUGCUGAUAUCAUCAGUCAACAUCACACAUGGCAGUAGCACAGUUUGAAAUCAUUUACUACCACUACAAAAUAUAAACAACAUUAUACAGCAUUACUUUAGCAGGAAAACACAGCUAUCCUGUGUUAGAUGGCUACAGAAAACUUUUUUUUUAUUAUUUCAGAAGGUCUACUUGCUUUGAAAAUUUUGCUGACUUUAUCUGUGCUCUAUUGAUCAUUAUUUUAUACAGUCAUACCUUGGGUUACAGACACUUCAGGUUGCAUUUUUUCGGGUUGUGGACUGCCAAAACCCAGAAGUACCUUAACGGGUUUUGGCGGCCGCGCAUGUGCAGAAGUGCUGAAUUGCAACCCGCUCGUGCACAGAUGCGCCGCUGUGGGUUACGGACACUGCGUGUUGUGAACGUGCAAUCCAAGCAUCCAAAUAAUGUAAAUUAAAUUAAAUUAAAUAUUAAAUUAAAUAUUAAAUUAAAUAUUAAAUUAAAUACUUCAGUGAUUUCACUUGUGCACUUUAUGAGAAUUGCUCAUAAAAACAUUUCCCAAGGCAGGAUUGUCCUGAGAAGUGUAGGCAUAAAAUACAACUGGUCCUUUUAUGUACUUAGGGUUUUCCUCUGUUUCUUUUGUCUACCAUAGUUUCACCCCUCACUCCUAGUUUUGUGGUCGCCACACCGCAUAACACCACUGUCUUUUAAAAUUUUAUUAGCAUUUUUAUCCCACCCUUCUUCCAAGGAGCAUGGGGCAUUCUCAUUUUAUACUCCAAAGAAUUGAGUCUAACACUACUUACUACACACCUCAUUUGCUCUCAUAAUGGUCUCUCUCACAUUUCAUAUGAACAUUGAAAGAGUCUUGUCGGAGACUCUAGAUGAGCCAAAGGCCCAUCUAGUCCAGAAUCCUGUUCUCACAGGGUGUGAUGUUGAAAAAUAUCCCCCAAAUGCAUAAUUUGGUUAUACUGCAUUAGCUUGCUUACGCUGACACUAUCAAUGAACUCUUAAAAGGUUAGUCAGGACUUGCCUUUGGAGAAGCCACACUGAUAUGUUCAUCCAUAUGCUUCCUAAUAUUAGCUUUAAUAAUGCUUUCUACCAGUUUUACAGGAACCAAUAUAAGCUAACUUGCGUUGCAUUGUACUUUCCUGUAUCUCCUUUCCUCCUCUUUAUAUUCUCUAGAUGUAUCUCGCUGAUUCUAAGGGACAUAGGUAUCUGCUUCUGACUGGCUUUUUGAUGUGCAGCAUCGUCUGUGUUCUGUUAACCAUGGCCCUGGAAAUGCAGGUUUGUAAUUGAGAGUUGAGAAUCACCAAAUGGGCUGUCAUUUAGCCCCGUUCUCGCUCCCCCUAUAAUCCAUGCUAUGUAACAGCAACAAAGUUAAUGUGGAAGUUGGAUGUAUAUGCUGAUGGGUACAUCUGUGGAAGGAGACUUGAGCAAAAAGCUCUUUCUGUUUAUACAAUUCAUUUGGAUUUUGUGCAAAGGCUUGAAGGGAAUGGCUGAGAAUGGACAUAGUCUCCCAUCUGUGAAAGUCAUAUGGAUGUUGCAAGAGAACUCAGAGAGACGGAGAUCUUGGUGUUCUGCCUCACCUUCUGUAUUCAAUUGGCCAGCAAUUCUAGCCAAAGUGGUUGCCGUCCCAUUGAUGUUAGAGUCCAACUCCCAUCAGCCCCAACUAACAUGGAAAGUUGUGAGGGAUGAUGCGAACUGUAGUCUAGCAACAUUGACAACCCCGGCACUAGAUAAGGGGCACCUGUCAAUAUCACAUGUACAAAACUGAAAUGCAACCUACUUUCACUAACAGGUCACCAUCGACGAGAUGGCGUAUGUCAACAUACUUUUAGUCCAAGUAUUUGUCAUAGCACACUCGGUUGGGCCAGGUAAUUGCUCACAUUAUGUUCUGAUCUCCUUAAAUGAUCUGCAAGACAUUAAUUGGAUAGAGGAAUAUUUGAGUUCUAUGGUGAAACGGUGAUCCAUGUCAUGAACCCUUUCUUUCCACCAAGGUCCACUUCCAAAUGUAAUUGUGGUGGCACUGUUCCUUCAGUCGUCACGGGCCUCAGCCUUUGUGAUUGCGGGAUUUGUGCAGUGGUUCACACACUUUCUUAUGAUGAUGGUGUUCCUUCAAAUUGUGGUGAGUGAUAUUGAUAGUCAGCUUGAUGCAGGGUGCAAAGUUUGCAUCAGUGAGCUACAUCCAUCUCUGUUCCUCACCCUUAUCCACCCACCCAGCCCUCGGGUAAAACCCAAGAUAUGAAGCCAUAACCUCAGAUGGAUGGAUUUGUCAGCAUUCUUGUCUUGUGCUUUGUUCAAUGUGAAUGUUAAGGCAUCUUGAAGAUGUGCAUAUUUCCUAAUAAGGUUCAAACAAUCUGAACAAUAUUCAAAUGCCCAGUUGGCCAUGAAAACCAUUGCUUAGCCUUGAGCAAAUUGCUCUUGCUUCCAGGGAAGGAGCCAUAGUUUUGUGUGCAGAAAGUCCCAGACCUGAUCUCUGGAAUCUCCUGGAAAAAAACCUCUGUCUAAGGACUUGCUGCCAGGCAGUGUACUGAACUGGUUGGACAAAUUGUCUGACUCUGACUGCAGUUUCAUGUGUUCAUCCUUCCCUCCUUGGUGGGUGCACCAAAACCGCACUUCCCUGCUCCUUCUUGGUCAGCCUAGGGGUGGGGCAUGUGGAGACAUCCCUUCACCAGCCAUGAGGAGAAGGAGGCGCUGCUGCUGUCCCUCCAGAAACCCCAGCCUGAGUGCGGCUUGCCUCCCCGCAGCUGCAGCCUCAAUGAGGGAGCCUGUUGUGGCAGCGCCUGGUUGCUGGUUUAUGGCCCAGGCCCAUAAACCCGUGCCCCCCACACUAUGCCACCAGCUGCUGUGAUUGGUAGAAUGUGUGAAGCCUUUGAGUUUAUUACUCUGCAUAAGAAAGCUUCCAGGUUACUGCACACAUCUCGAUCUUCUACUUCCAGUGGUUGAAUGGGUUUAAGGAUAUUCACUUCUUAUAUCAUCAAACCUUGUGCUCAUGUACCCUAAGCUCAAAAUAAUAACAAUAGUAACAACAACAACAACAACAACAACAAUAAUAAAUGUAUACCCCACCCAUCUGGCUGGGUUUCCACAGCCACUCUGGGUGGCUUCCAACAAAAUAUUUAAUAUCCUUCAGAUAUUAAAAGCUUCCCUAAACAGGGCUGCCUUUAGAUGUCUCCUAAAAGUCUGGUAGUUGUUUUUUCCUUUGACAUCUGGUGGGAGGGUGUUCCACAGGGCGGGUGCCACUACCAAGAAGGCUCUCUGCCUGGUUCCCUGUAACUUCACCCAUCGCAGUGAGGGACCCGCCAGAUGGACCUCGGUGCCAGACCUCAGUGUCCAGGCAGAACGAUGGAGGUGGAGACGUUCCUUCAGGAAUACUGGACUGAGGCCAUUUAGGGCUUUAAAGGUCAGCACCAACACUUUGAAUUGUGCUCAGAAACAUACUGGGAGCCAAUGUAGGUCUUUCAAGACUGGUGUUAUGUGGUCUUGGUGGCUGCUCCCAGUCACCGGUAUAGCUGCCGUAUUCUGGAUUAGUGGUAGUUUCUUGGUCACCUUCAAAGGUAGCCCUACGUAAGCGCAUUGCAGUAAUCCAAGCGGAAGAUAACCAGAGCAUGCACCACUCUGGCGAGACAGUCUGCGGGCAGAUAGAGGCUCAGCCUGGGUACCAGAUGGAGCUGGUAAACAGCUGCCCUGGACACAGAAUUGAUCUGCACCUCCACGGACAACUGCGAGUCCAAAAUGACUCCCAAGCUGCUCAUCUGGUCCUUCAGGGGCACAGUUACCCCAUUCAGGACCAGGGAGUUCUCCACACCUGCCCUCCUCUUGUCCCCCCAAAACAGUACUUCUGUCUUGUCAGGAUUCAACCUCAAUCUGUUAGAACAGCUGCCGUUGGAGGAAGUAGCAAUAUACAGACAUCACUUGGUUUCCCACUCUGUGAGUAGUCCAGCUCUAGCAGUAGUGAGACAAGCAAGCUGACCGCUGCUGCUACGACCCAUCUUACCUGUAGAAGGGCUCUUUUUGUAGAGCAUGAAGAAGUAGCCAGCAGUUCACCACUGAAAACUCCUCUGGUCAAAGCUAAAUGGUUUGGGGAUGGCUGUUUGUUAAAUGUAGUGGAGAAGAACAUCCCCGAGGAGGUGCUCAAUCUCAGGUAUAGCUGAGAUGAUCACAUUUAACAGUGACCCUGAUAGCUCUUCCAAGCAAAACAGGAGCAGCAUUUUGGAUGGUGGCAUGGGCAGGGGCUCGUGGUUCUCACUGCAAUAUCCUCCAGCUUAUCCUAUGCCAGAAACUCAGACUGAGGAUAGAGAAUCAGAAGGAACAUGGUCUAGAACAUGUGGUUCCCAACUUUUUUAUUUUUACCAUGCCCCACCCAAGUAAAAUCCUGAUGCUCCCCUGCCCCUGUGAUAUAUAAUUCUUAUUAUUCAAAAAGCGAAUUCCUAUUCAUAUGUUAAAAUAGUUAAUAACUAUUCACUGUUAAUAACUCAUUCUUGAAUUGCCCCCCUUAAAAAUAAAAUUGCCACCCUGUGGGGCAUUGUGCCCCACGUUUGGAACCACGAGUCUAGAAGCACUGUGAGCUCCGGGGGGUGGGGGUAGGGAGAAUCCCAGAAUGAUAUGUGUGCGAAAUAUGGAUGAAUACAAUUCUGUAUUAUGCUAUUAUGCUCAAGUCUGUCCUUUUCAUCUCUAGACAAAAAUCGGGACCUACAGCUUCCUUAUGUUCUUGCCUUUCUGUGGAGGCCUGUUUAUUUAUAUCUUCAAGAAUUUCCCAGAAACCAAGAAUAGGACCUUUGUGGAUAUUAGAAGAAUCGUAGCAGUCCAGAAGCUUAGGAAGACCAAACUUAAGAAACCGACAGAAAAGUAG